AUGCGUCGUUCCUUUAUCACUACUCUAUCUAGCGGCACAGUCCGUCGUGGGAUGAGCACCAGGGCUCUUUCAUCGCAACAAAUUGUGUGCAACACACGUGUCCAAAGACGGUCGCUCGCAGCCGUGUCAUCCGGAAACCCAGAGCAGAAAGUGCAAUCCACCCAAAACGCCGAGGACAAAAGGGCGGCCCAACAGAAUCGCCACAAUAUUGACCGACAGUCAGACGAAGUCUCAAAGUCUGGCACCGAUGAUGCAGUUGCGGCCCAGGCGUCUGUGGCAUUCGACAAGUCCGGAGCCAGCAUAGACGAGAUCCGGGAAAGGUCCGGACAACAGAAUGCUUGGGGCAAUCCUCUUGACGCUAGCCCGGCAAACAGGAGCAUCAGCGAGGGAACUGAUGAAGCCAGAGGCGGUAUCAAGGCCAAACAGUUUACUCCCGAUAAGACCGUGUCUCGAAGUGAUUCCAGGCUGAAGGGGGCCGAGCCGGGAUUUGAGAAAAAGGCCUUUGCUGGUUCGACUAAGAAGGAACAGGAUGAUGAGCGAGGGCCCAUGAUCAGGCCGGGCUCGAGAUAG